AUGGACACCAUCAAGGAGAUCGUCCGCGACGCGCCUUUUGGCCAACUCGUCCGCUACGCAACACGUAACCGGUUCUUCAAGUACCCAGAAGAGCUACCCGGUUUCGAAAUCCCACCUGCAUACAUCGACGUCGAGAAACUUCCCUCACAUACCGCAGGAGUUGAAGGGACUUCGACACGCAACUCAACCUCAACCACCCCGCUGCCAUCGCACACCCUGCCAUUCAGCCCCUCACGCCUCGAAGCCGACCUAGCCCUCCAUGCCACCCAAUCGAACAACCACGCCAUCGCCCCCGUCAAGACAGCUGACGGCCUCAUACUAGCAGAGUGGUACACCACGACCGACACAGCGAACCCGCAAAACUGGUCGCAAGGCAAAAAGGCUUGGACGGCCUUCUUGAUCUGUCUGUAUACGUUCAUUGUGUAUGCGGGUAGCUCGAUCUAUGUUAGUAGUACGCUGUUGGUUAUGAGUGAGUUUGGGGUGGGGGCGUUUAAGGCGAAUUUGGGGUUGGCGCUUUAUGUGCUAGUACCACAACUCGGCAGAAACAUACCGUACAUCACCACUUUCGCGCUCUUCACCAUCCUCACUUUACCUACCGCACUGGUAGACAACCUCGGCGGCUUCCUGUUCCUUCGCUUCCUACUCGGCUUCUUCGGAAGCCCCUGCUUAGCGAACGGUGGAGCUACGAUGCAGGAUCUGUACUCUCUGCUCCAUAUACCAUAUGGCCUAGCUUUCUGGACAGCAGCCGCGUUCGCUGGACCAGCUCUAGGGCCUCUUCUAUCUGGCUUCUCUGUCUAUGCGGAGAACUGGCGAUGGUCUCAGUGGGAACUCCUCUGGAUGGCCGCCCCAGUAUUCCUCCUCUUUUUCUUCUUUCUCCCAGAAACACAGCCCACUACCAUCCUUCUCCACAGAUCUGCUCGCCUUCGUGCGCUAACCGGCAAUCCCAAUAUCCAUACGCAAACCGAGAUCGAUCGCAAAGGCACCAAGUUCUCCGCAGAACUCCUCGAUACGCUCAUCAAGCCUUUGGAAAUCUGCGUCAAAGACCCUGCUCUCUUCUUCAUCAACGUCUACUCCGCGCUGACAUACGGUAUCUACUACUCCUUCUUCGAGGUCUUCCCUCUCGUGUAUCUGGAAAUAUAUGGAUUCAGCGUCGGCGAGAUGACCAUUGUGUUUCUGGUCAUCAUCGUGGGGUGCGUUGCUGCUAUGACAAUCUACUUCUCCUAUCUGAGGUUCUACCUCAUACCGGAUAUCCUCAAGAGAGGGCUGAGACCUCAAGAGCAUAGACUCGUGCCGGCGAUUUUCGCAAGCUUUGGGGUACCAAUUGGAUUGUUCAUCUUUGGCUGGACGGCUCGUCAAUCUGUACAUUGGAUUGUUUCGACCAUCGGUAUCGCUAUAUAUUCGACUAGCGUGUACAUCAUCUUCCAGGCUGUCUUUUCAUACGUGCCCAUGUCUUACCCGCAAUACGCCGCGUCCCUCUUCGCAGGGAACGACUUCUGUCGCUCUGCCUUCGCUUUCGGAUCCGUACUCUUCUCUCGCCCCAUGUAUCUCAAAUUGGGAAUAGGAAAGGGAAUCAGUCUUUUGGGUGGCCUGAGUGUCAUGGGUAUUGUGAGUUCGAAGAGGAUAAGCCAGUCUGCGAGUGCGCGCUAA